AGAAGGAAGCUACUUUUCAGUAAGAAAUCCUCCAUAUUUUGCGUAAUGUGGGGGAACCUGCACGUUAUAUAUGAAUUUGAAUGUCACCAUAAUUUCAGCGCCUCCAUUUUCAAGCGUAAUGGCUCUCAAAUCCCUGCUAAGAGUAAAGCCCAAAUGCUCCAUAAAAAAGUUAUUGCUUCCUUCCUCCUCUUCCCCGUCGUCUUCGCUGUUCUCCUCAUUCUGUAGAGACCGCAGCUUCUCCCUGCCUUCCGAAUCCCCGCCAGCUGCUAAAAAGGUUCCGUUCAAAUACUCAGUUCAUGGCGUUACGCUGCAAGAUCCCUUCCACUGGAUGUCCAACACCGACGACCCCGAUCUCGCCGACUACCUCCGCCGAGAAAACUUGUACGCCGAAGCUUUCAUGGCCGACACACAGAUUCUGCAGCGGCGGCUCUUCUCCGAGAUGACGAGUCGAAUGCCGGCCAAGGUUUCCACUCCUCCUGAGCCUUGGGGACCCUGGUUUUACUACCAAUAUAUUCCGGCGGGGAAGGAAUACCCAGUUCUAUGCCGUAGGUUACAGAAUGAGAAAAUCGGUUGGUUAAAGAAACUCGUGCAAUUUGCCAGAGGAAAUUUCGGGAAGGAAGAGGAGGAAGUUUUACUUGAUUGGAAUGAAAUUGCUAAGCAUUAUGGCUAUGUUCAUGUGGGAACCUGUCGUGUUUCACCAGACCACAACUUUCUAGCAUACACAGUUGAUAUUACUGGCAGUGAACACUUCAUGCUUCAGGUUAAAGACCUGGGAAGUGGACUGAUAAUUCCCAAGUCACAGAAGGGAGUUGUAAGUUUGGCUUGGGCUGAAGAAGGCAGGACGCUUUUCUAUACACAAUCAGAUGAGAAUCAGCGACCUUACAGGGUUUUCUGCACAAAAGUUGGAUGUAGCGAUGCAGAAGAUGUCUCGGUGUUUGUCGAAAACGAUCCCAACUUUUGUGUAGACGUAACAAGCACAAAAGAUGGGAAGUUCAUAACUGUUAAUUCGAACUCGAGGACUUCUUCUGAGGUUUAUAUUAUAGAUGCCAACAACCCAUUGAGUGGUUUGCAAAGAAUACACAAACGCAUUCCUGGAAUUCAAUACUUUCUGGAACAUCAUUUUGGUUUCUUUUAUAUCCUAACAAAUGCUCCUCUAGAAAAGAAUGGGGAUUGUUCCAAGGAAGAGUAUUAUGUAGCUCGAUGUCGAGUUGAAGAUAUUAAGUCUUCAGAUUGGCAGGAUGCCAUCCUUCAGAGUGAAGAUUUCAGUAUACAGGAUAUGGAUAUUUUUAGUGGACAUCUCGUGCUUUUUGUCAAUAAGAUGGGCGUUUCAAUGUUAUGUGCAAUCAAUUUGCCUUUAGAUACUAAUCAUAAGCAUCGAUUGGAAAUCGAGAAACUUGACCCCUGGUUUUUCCCACUUCCCUCAAAUUCCUGUAGUGUAGCUCCAGGUUCAAACCAUGACUUCAUGAGCUCGUUAUACCGUGUGGUGCUUUCGUCUCCAGUGAUGCCAGAUUUGGUUGUUGAUUAUGACAUGUCUAAACGGGUCUUCUCAAUUAUUCAACAAGAGGAAGUACAAGUUAAGCACGAUGUUCAACUUAAAACAUGCCUGCCGGAUGAGUUAGAUGUCGAAGAAGUUUCAACUGCAGAAAACAAAAUAGCGAACUUCCAGAAUAGUGAAUCCCAAAUCUCGAAGGACUUUUCUGAUGCAUAUUGUUGUGAGAGGAAAGAAGUUAUAUCACACGAUGGCAUCAGAAUACCCUUAACCAUAUUGUAUUCUCCAGUGAAUUUUCACAAAGGACGGUCCCCUGGAGUUCUACAUGGGUAUGGCGCAUAUGGUGAAAUUCUGGAUAAAAGUUGGUGUCCUUAUCGCCUGAGUUUACUCGAUCGUGGUUUUGUGCUGGCAUUUGCCGACGUCAGGGGAGGAGGUGGUGGUGGUGAUUCUUCAUGGCACAGAAGUGGGAGUGGGCUUGAGAAACAAAAUUCAAUACAUGACUUUAUCUCUUGUGCGAAGUUCCUCGUUGAUAAUGACUAUGUUCAUAAAAAUCAGCUCGGUUCCAUUGGGUACAGUGCUGGAGGUCUUCUCGUUGGUGCUGCUAUUAACAUGCGUCCAGACCUGUUUCGUGCAGCCAUUUUGAAGGUUCCCUUUCUUGACAUAUGCAACACACUGCUCGAUCCCUCUUUACCUCUCACCAUUCUGGAUUAUGAAGAAUUCGGAAACCCACAGUUACCGAAGCAGUUUGAGUCCAUUUUGAACUAUUCUCCUUACGAUAACAUAUCUCGGGGAAGUUGUUAUCCUCCAAUGCUUGUCACAUCAUCAUUCCGUGAUGCAAGGGUUGGAGUAUGGGAAGCUGCCAAAUGGGUGGCAAAAAUCCGAGACACUACGUGCUCUCGGUGUUCGACUUCUGCAAUUUUAAAGACCAAUAUGCUUGGAGGACAUUUUGGUGAGGGUGGUCUCUAUGGUGGAUGUGAAGAGACAGCUUACGAGUACGCUUUUCUCAUCAAAGUCCUUGGAACUUCUGACCACAACUGAACUUUCGCUCACUGUAACAAAAUAACUCCAAUCUCAGAACUUGAUGACCUGUGCCUUUCAUGUUUGGCAACCAAGUGAAGCCACAAUUUCAGGCAAUGCAUAUUUAACACAUGAUGAAAUUGAGAAGUGAUGAAUAUUUCUUGAUUUUGCAAAGGACCAGGUCUUGCCGAAGCUUGUAUGGAGUAGUAGAUAUUGGCCAUGGAUGAACCACAAGCCUAACUAAACCGCACCUUGUGAGCAGAAGAGAAAUGCUUUGCUGCAGCUACCAUGGCUGCCUCUGGCCCAGAUGGAGGUGCCUCUGCAUUUCCACCAUUACAGCCAAGUAAGCUAUAAAUGAAUGACUUUAAACUUGACCAAUACAAAUUCUCUUUCUUGCCCCCUCCCAUCUUUUUUUCGAGAAAAAGACGAAUGAACAACCGAACAAGAAACGGUUUUUGGGAAGUAGAGGACAGAGGAGAAAUCUGGGUCUGAACUUGUUGAGAAUUUGGUUGGAAUGUUGUUAAGGUGAGUGAAAAGUUGUGUGUGAUCCUGCCGUAUUUAUAGUCAGAAGAAACAAGUUUCCUUGACAAUCAAGAAAAAAAUUCCAUCUUUGACAACAUGGUUCUGCUGACGUUUCUAAGAAACUCCAUUGUUCUUCAUAUUGUAGCAUGGAAACAACAUUUUUUUGACUUUUCUGCGUUUCCAUGGUCAAAAGUAUUGAAGAAAAUAAAAUAGGAAGUAUUUUGAUAGGUUUUUAUCUUAAUUUCUUGCUUAUUGCCCAAGUCUUAACACUUAAGACACUUUGGUGCUUUUGAAGAGCAUGAUAUUCGGAGAAAUUUCUCGAGGGUUUUGAAAUAUUGUGG